CCGAUUCCUAAGGGGUUCCUCCGGGGAUGACGUACUUGGAUGCUCUUGUGGACGGUGUCUGGGUAAUGGUGGUGUACGUAACAUCACAAUUGGUGGAUUGUGGAACCCUGGGCACAGCCGUGCUCUAGAAUGCCUGGUCUCCGAGAAAAUUGGAGAGAAAUAGGUGAGCCAUGAUUCCGGUCACAGAAUUACGCUACUUUGCCGACACCCAGCCGGCGUACCGCAUCCUGAAGCCCUGGUGGGACGUGUUUACCGAUUACAUCUCCAUCGUGAUGCUGAUGAUCGCUGUGUUUGGAGGGACGCUGCAAGUCACCCAGGACAAAAUGAUUUGCUUGCCUUGCAAAUGGGUCACCAAAGGCGCUUGCAAUGACUCCUCCAGGGACUGGACGCCGGCCACCCCCAGCCCGGUCUUCUACAACUCUUCCCUGGCGUCCUCUGUGGACAAGGGUCCGAAGGGGAUCAAUUACGAGCUCGACAGGCACCAGUACAACUACGUGGACGCCGUGUGCUACGAGAACCGCCUCCACUGGUUCGCCAAGUAUUUCCCUUACCUGGUGCUGCUGCACACCCUGAUCUUCUUGGCCUGCAGCAACUUCUGGUUCAAGUUCCCCCGGACCAGCUCCAAGCUGGAACAUUUCGUCUCCAUCCUCCUCAAGUGCUUCGACUCCCCGUGGACCACCAGAGCCCUGUCCGAGACGGUGGUGGAGGAGAGCGACAACAAGCCGGCCUACGGGAAGAUGAACGGCUCCACGGAGAAGAAGUCCUCCACGGUCAGCGAGGACGUGGAAGCCACGGCCCCGAUGCUGCACAGGACCAAGUCCCGGGUGGAGCAGGGGAUCGUGGACCGGACGGAGAGCGGCGUCCUGGACAAGAAGGAAGGCGAGCAGGCCAAGGCGCUCUUCGAGAAGGUCAAGAAGUUCCGCACGCACGUGGAGGAGGGCGACAUCGUCUACCGCCUCUACAUGAGGCAGACCAUCAUCAAGGUGAUCAAGUUCAUCCUGAUCAUCUCCUACACCGUCUACUACGUCAACAACAUCACCUUCGACAUCGACUGCAAAGUGGACAUCGAGAGCCUGACGGGGUACCGCGUGUACCGCUGCGCCCACCCGCUGGCCACCCUCUUUAAGAUCCUGGCUUCCUUCUACAUCAGCCUGGUGAUCUUCUACGGCCUGAUCUGCAUGUACACGCUCUGGUGGAUGCUCCGGCGCUCCCUCAAGAAGUACUCCUUCGAGUCCAUCCGGGAGGAGAGCAGCUACAGCGACAUCCCCGACGUCAAGAACGACUUCGCCUUCAUGCUGCACCUCAUCGACCAGUACGACCCGCUCUACUCCAAGCGCUUCGCCGUCUUCCUCUCCGAGGUGAGCGAGAACAAGCUGCGGCAGCUGAACCUCAACAACGAGUGGACCUUGGAGAAGCUGCGGCAGCGGAUCACCAAGAACUCCCAGGAGAAGCUGGAGCUGCACCUCUUCAUGCUCAGCGGCAUCCCGGACACCGUCUUCGACCUUGUGGAGCUGGAGGUCCUGAAGCUGGAACUCAUCCCCGACGUCACCAUCCCGCCCAGCAUCGCCCAGCUCACCAGCCUCAAGGAGCUGUGGCUGUACCACACGGCCGCCAAAAUCGAGGCCCCGGCCCUGGCCUUCCUGCGGGAGAACUUGAAGUCCUUGCACAUCAAGUUCACGGACAUCAAGGAGAUCCCGCUGUGGAUCUACAGCUUGAAGACGCUGGAGGAGCUGCACCUGACGGGCAACCUGAGCGCCGAGAACAACCGGUACAUCGUGAUCGACGGCCUGCGGGAGCUGAAGCGGCUGCGGGUGCUGAGGCUGAAGAGCAACUUGACCAAGCUGCCCCAGGUGGUGACGGACGUGGGGGUCCACCUGCAGAAGCUCUCCAUCAACAACGAGGGCACCAAGCUCAUCGUCCUCAACAGCCUGAAGAAGAUGGUCAACCUGACGGAGCUGGAGCUGAUCCGCUGCGACCUGGAGCGCGUCCCCCACUCCAUCUUCAGCCUCCACAACCUCCAGGAGAUCGACCUCAAAGACAACAACCUCAAGACCAUCGAGGAGAUCAUCAGCUUCCAGCACUUGCACCGCCUCACUUGCCUUAAGCUGUGGUACAACCACAUCGCCUACAUCCCCGUGCAGAUCGGCAACCUCGUCAACCUGGAGCGCCUUUACCUGAACCGCAACAAGAUCGAGAAGAUCCCCGUCCAGCUCUUCUGCUGCCGGAAGCUCCGCUACUUGGAUCUCAGCCACAAUCUCUUGAUUUCCAUACCGGCGGAGAUCGGGCUGCUGCAGAACCUGCAGAACCUAGCUGUGACGGCCAACAGGAUCGAAACCCUCCCCGCCGAACUCUUCCAGUGCCGGAAACUUCGGACUUUGCACCUGGGCAACAACGUCCUGCAGUCCCUGCCUUCCCGGGUGGGCGAGCUGGCAAACCUGUCCCAGAUCGAGCUGCGGGGCAACCGCUUGGAGUGCCUGCCGGUGGAGCUGGGCGACUGCCCCUUGCUGAAGCGCAGCGGGCUGGUGGUGGAAGAGGACCUCUUCAACACGCUGCCCCUGGAGGUGAAGGAGCGCCUGUGGCGGGCCGACAAGGACCAGGCCUGAGACGCUUUGGUGGAAAGGGGAGGGGAGAGCCAAACGCCUCGGACCAAAGCACCCCAGAGAAACGCCUGGCUGCCCCUCCCGGCUCAAACCGGACUGGCCGAGACCCGCCCGGCCAGAGCUGCCACGCGUGGGUGGGACUCAGGUGGCUUGAUCCUCCAGGACGCAGGGCUUGCGGGAGGAAGAAGGGAGCCAGGGUGAGAAGAGCAUUUCUGCUAACGUUGCCGUUGGCGGGACGGGAAGCCGGGCGCCCCUGCCGGCCCCCGCCCUGAAGUGGGACUCUUAACUCCUGCCCAAGUCCCUUGGAGCUGCCUCCGGACCGGAAAGGAGGGCAGGCAGGAGAGGGCGAGAGCCCACUGGACCCUGCCUCAGACUGCCUGCUGGCGCGCCGUCCCGAGUGGGAACCCGAGGGGUUUUGGCCGUCGUGCGAUUCACAGGCAGGCUUCUGCAUAGCGACGCUAGCUUUACUUGCACACGGACUUCACGGUUGGCUCAUCGGGGCAGGCAGCUUUUCCAGCCCCACGCCCUCGAGGGGUUUUGGGACACAGCUCCCCGCCUUCCUUACCGUCGGGCAUGUUGGCUGGGGAUGCUGGGAGCUGGAGUCGCAAAGCUACGGGGGAGACCCGGUGGGGCUGAGUUGGGAAGUUGUUAGAAGAGCCGAGAAGAAGAAAUUUGUUCUACCCAUCAAUUUGUUCUACCCAUCAAUUUUGAUGCUGGCAUUGUACUUUCUGUCCUUUUAAUCUCCAGUCAAUUUACCUUGGAUCACUAUGCAGAACUUGACUUUCUUUUUUCCAAGUCUCCCCUCCCUCCCCCCGCCGCCCUCUCCUGUCCUAAAAUUAGGAUCUUUCUGUCUCCAAAUCGUGGUCAUUCGAUACUACGGUUACCGUUCCUAGGUGGGGAUAGAUCCGAAAAUGUAGCGACUCCAAGGCGUUCCCUGGCCGAGUUUUCUGUCUGGACAAGGAUCAUGGCUUGUAUAAUCGGGGGGGGGGGGGGGAUUUAAUUUUUUAAAAACUGACUUUUAAACUGUCCCUUCAACCUCUUAGCACGCGGGGGAUCCGAAACACUGCGGUCAGUUCAGAACCAUCUCUUUGGAUAGGUGAUGGCGAUAAAGACACUAAAAUAAACACAGAAUUCCUCUACACCAGGUGAGGGCGGAAGGUCACCUUCCAGAUGUUUUGCAGCAAACACCCCCACGCUCCCUGGUCCGAAAUGCUUGUGAGUUGAAGAUCGAAACAUCUGGAUCUCUCUCCCUCCCGCCCACCCCGUGCUGCACCCUCCCUUGGGGGCAUUUUGUUUUUCUUAAGGUGCUGCUCCUCAUUCCUCUUCCGUUUAUGUUUUUUAUAUUGCAGCUGGUCUGGUUUUUUUUUUUUUUGGGUAUGUGUGUGUUUCGUUUAGUUUUUCGCGCUCCUGCAGCCUCCGCAGAAGAGGCUGAUAUCCCCCCACCCCCGUUGCCAGCGUUGGUUGCUGGAGCAAGCGACCCGCUUGCCGGCUCUCGCUGGACGGCGCCCGGCUCCCUCCCUUUGUACCCCUUUCAUUCCCUCUUCAGUCUUAAAGGAACAGCGUCACGCACCUUCGAAGGGCGCCAGGCUCUCUGGCUUCCUGUCGCGAGGAGCCCUUGCGCUCGGAAGUGAAGGGCCCGUCUUAAAACAUGUAGACCUUGCACUACUUUCUAAUCUGUCCAGUGGGAAAUUGAAUCUUUGGAAUGGCCACCAAACUAUUGGCAAAAACAGGCGGUCAAAGCAUAGCGUUCCCUUAGAGUCGAAAACGCUCUGCUCCGUCGAAGGAGGCGUUCCAGCUGCGCGGUUCCCUUGAGGUGUAGCAUGGGUGUGCGCUCAAAAGCAGCUGCUAUGCUUUUCCGAGUUUUUCCUUCCUGCCAGAAAGGUGUUGGUUUUGGCCCAAGGCGCGCGCGAGAACGUCCGGACCCCCCCUUCCCUCCCCCUUUGUUUAACGUUCCUUGCAGUUGAAAGGAUUAAACAGACGCUGCUAGCUUCCGCUUUCUUCUGCGUCCGGUGUAAUAGGAGAAAGACACACGCGGCCCCCGUCCUCCGCCCGCGCGCACCCGCCAAGCUGAAAAGCCACGUGAAAAAGCGAUGUAAAGCAGGCCUCUGGUAUUGUCAGUGUUCCAAUAAAGCUACAUGGAUAU